GCUGGAAGUCGCUUUAGUUGCGGACGUUUGAUUCUCCUGGGUGAUCGAAAUGUCUUUCCUAUGCCGUACGGCAAUAUUUUCAUUUUUGACGCUCAUUAGUGUUAGCCAGGCGGUUCUGAUCGUCGGGCCGAAAUCAUUUCGUGCUAAAGGCGACUAUACGAUAGUGAUUCACAACUUUUAUAAAGGAGCGAAUAAGGUUGAUCUGCUGCUGUGUUUGGAAGGUCGUGACGAGGAUGAAAACGUUUUAUGGAAUAUCACCAAAUCUACUGACGUACGGAAAAACACGAAUAAGCUGGUGUCUUUUAAGAUUCCUGAUCAUGUACCUCCCGGCAAUUAUAAACUCACCAUCGAUGGUCAGAAUGGUUUCGAAUUCCAAUCCGAAGCCGAAUUGAUCUUCCUUAAUCAAACAAUAGCGGCUUUAAUUCAGUUCAGCAAACCCGCCUACAAACCCGGAGAUAGCGUCGAGUUCCGUGUGAUAGUGCUCGAUCCCGAUCUGAAGUCUCCUCCAGAGGAAACGAUGGUAAAUGUUACGGUAAAGGAUUCGAUCGGUAACAUCAUUGGUAAAUGGUCCGAUGAGCCACUGUCCAGCGGAGUGUUUGACGGUCAAAUGGAUUUGGCAACCUCACCUCUUCCGGGGACCUACAACAUCGAAGUUGAGGCAAACGAUAAGAAAUUGGUUUCCAAGUCGUUCGAAGUGAAGGAGUACGUAUUGUCCACGUUCGACGUAAAUGUCUAUCCAACAACAGUGCCUCUUGAAGAGCACCAGGCGCUUAAUCUUACGAUAGAGGCAUCCUAUUACUUUAACAAGCCUGUCAUCGGAACCGUGAAGAUGCAGCUCAUUGGGGAGAAUGUGGUUUUUGAAAAAAAACCUUCUACCCACCCAUCUAUUAGACAGUGGGAUGUGAACGGAAUGUUGCAGGUUAGCAUCCCAUACGUGACGGUCCCAAAUGAUGUCGAAGACAAACGGAACAUCAAUCUGAACAUUACUUUCACCGAACAAUACACAAAUCGUACGGUAACCAAGGAGCAGCAAAUUACGGUGUAUAAACACAAAUACAAAGUUACUUUGGAGGAGAAAAAUCUUGAAUUCCAUCCUGUUGCGCCAUAUAAGGGUACUCUUAUCAUAACCACCCAGGACGGUAUACCUGCUUCUGGAGUCGCUGUGCAGGUGCAAGUGGAUGGUCUGGAUAACAACUUGGUUUUGAACAGUACCAGUGAUAAAAAGGGGUUCAUCGGCUUGCAUUUUGAUCCCUCUGCUUCUACUGAAACGGUGAAUGUAACGGUAUCUAUAGGUAAUGAGCGGCUUCUCUUUGAAACGAUAGAAAAAGUAAAACAUUUGGUCAAUGGGAAUAUUGAGAUUGAGCUAAAAUCCCCUGCUCAGCUUAACAAAAUGUUAAAGGCGGUCGUUAAAUGCUCUACAAGAGGGGGCUUCUUCGCUUAUUUUGUGGUGGCUAAAGGCAACAUUGUGGAGUCUGGCUCUUACAGUCUCGGCCAGGUGACUAGACACUCGAUCCAGUUGAAUGUAACCGAACCCAUGGUGCCAAAGUUUAAAAUCAUCGUAGCAUCCUUAUCGAACAACAUUAUUGUCUACGAUUACGUGGAUGUGGUGGUUAAGGAAUUUUUAAACAAUUUUGAUAUUCGUAUCGUCGCAGACAAGAGCGAUACAUUUAGACCCGAUAAUCAAAUCGAGUUCAACUUGAUGGGCCGACCAAAGGCUUAUGUUGCGCUGGCAUCAUACGAUAUGAGUGUUCUACAACAUGGUAGCUCACACGACAUCGGACUAGAUGAUAUUUGGAGGAUAUUUGAAGGAUUCCAUACGCCUGAAUUAAACAAAUACGAUGUGUUUCAAAGCAUGGGUUUAUUUGUUCGGACAUUGAAUGAACUGCAACACGAAAGAGCUCCGCUCCGAUCAUCAGGAAGAACAGUGCCACAGGGUGGGAAUAUUGAAUCGCAACGAUUGGUAGCGUACAGAACCGACUUUCCCGAGUCGUGGUUGUGGAAAACCAUUUUCCUUCCGAACUCCGGACGUACCACAAUUAUUGAACAGCUACCUGAUACGACGACCUCGUGGUAUUUGACCGGCUUCUCCGUUGAUCCUAUGUACGGAUUUGGGAUAAUCAAGAAACCCCUGCAGUUCACUACCGAUCAACCGUUCUACAUUGUCGACAAUUUGCCCUACUCUGUCAAGCGUGGUGAAGCAGUUCUGUUGCAGUUCACGCUGUUCAAUACACUCGGAGCCGAGUAUAUUGCCGAUGUGACGAUGUUUAACGUAGCGAGUCAAAUCGAAUUCGUCGGUCAACCGAAAGUAAAAAGUUUCAAGAAAUCCCUGAAUGUUCCACCGAACGUUGGCGUUCCAGUAGCAUUCCUUGUAAAGCCGAAGAAGCUGGGAGACAUGGUUGUCCGUUUGGAAGCUUCGAUCAUGUUGGGCAUGGAGAAGGAUGCGCUCGAGAGGAUCGUCCGUGUGCUGCCGGAAAGUUUGGUGCACACUCGCAUGAUCUCGAAUCUGGUCGCUCACAAAACGUACGCGAAUGAAUCAAUUGACAUCCCUCUGGAAUUUGGCGGCGAGCCGGAAUUGGAUUCGAUUGCAAUCGACUUCUCGGUUACCCCGAGCGUCCUUACCAACGUUAUCGAAAACUUGGGCAAACUUUUGGAGGUACCGACGGGGUGCGGCGAACAAAAUAUGAUACGCUUUGUACCCAACGUUGUAGUGCUGGACUAUAUGCAAGCCAUCUCGUCGACGGAAUACGGCAUCAUGGAAAAGGCAAAGAGAUAUCUGCAAACAGGAUACCAGAACCAAAUGCGGUACCGUAAGCCGAAUGGUUCGUUCGGUGUCUGGAAGCAUGGUGGUGGGAGCGUAUUUCUUACCGCUUUUGUUGGAAAGUCGAUGAAAACGGCAGCAAAGUACAUCUAUGUGAGUGACUAUCAGAUGAGCACGGCGUAUGAUUGGCUAGCCAAGAACCAAAAACCAAACGGUAGGUUUGACGAGAUAGGCCCAGUCUUCCAUACGGACAUGCAGGGUGGACUGCGACAAGGACUAGCACUGACGUCCUACGUAAUGAUUGCAUUUCUCGAGUAUCCACAACAAGCAACAAGACAUCCCACCGUAGUCCAGCGUGGGAUGCAGUAUAUUGCAAACAACAUUUUCAAUACGAACGAUGUCUACGAUUUGGCCAUCGCGACGUACGCAUUGUGGUUGAACAAACACCACGAGAAGUCACGGGCCAUAGAUCGACUAACUGAACUAUCGACAAAGCUACAGAACGGUCAGCAGCUCUUUUGGUCCAGACAGUCAAACCAAAUCGAAACCACCGCCUACGCGCUGCUAGCUUACGUAGAGGCCGGAAAGUACCCCGAAGGAGUUGCGAUUAUGCGCUGGUUGGUGAAGCAACGAUACGCAACGGGAAGCUUUCCACGCACCCAGGAUACAUUCGUCGCCCUGAAGGCGCUGACAAAGUUAGCAGAGAAGAUUUUUCCAAAGAGCAAUAACUAUGUAAUUAAGCUAGAGCAUGCACAGGAGAGAAAAGAGUUUACUGUCAACUCGGCAAACAUAAGUUUUGUAUCGGCGGAAAGACUACCGAAUACCAUCAAAGACCUGAAGGUGACAUUCACCGGUACCGGUACGGCUCUCGUGCAGGUCGCCUACCAAUACAGCACCAAUGUAUUGCAAUCCUCCAAUCGGUUUAACAUAGCGGUCACUAGAAUGGACACCACUUCCAGCUUUGUGUUGAAACUACACAUUUGCAGUAGCUUCGAACCGGCCUGGCCGGGUGAGCACUCCAAUAUGGCCUUGGUAGAGGUGAACUUACCGAGUGGUUACGUAGUGGAUACCAAUUGCAUCAGCCAGGCAACAACCGUGAAUCCAAUAAGGGAAAAGGAAAUUCUAUACGGCGCGACAUCCGUCGUUCUCUAUUACGACAAUAUGGGCAACGAGCGCAACUGUUUCGUGAUUACGGCUUACAGACGGUUCAAGGUGGCUCUCCGGCGACCGGCCUACGUGAAAGUGCACGACUAUUACAACCCAAACUUUUUCGCUAUCACAGCGUAUGAAGUGGACCAACAGGAGCUCUGCGAUCUUUGUGACAGUGACGAGUGUAUUUCUACAUGCCCACGUGGUGCUGGUAGGCCUCACGUAUGAUCGAUGUUGUUGCUUUUCCUGGUUUCUUCGAUUCGUAGACCCGUCUGAGCGGAAAUAUUUGAAAAAUAUAUUAAACGAAAUAAAACAGGAUGCAAACAAAUCCAUACCACAGCGAGAUCCAAACAGCAUGACGUAAAUAAAACGCGAUAGUA